CGAGUGCAAAAAACACUCGAAUCCGUUGCGGAAUAUCGAAACCGGUUCUACCGAAUGUUCGUGAAGACUGAGCGAGUGGGUUCGAUGUCCGAUGGGGAUUUGCAAUGCGCCUGYCAYGUUUCAGCGAGCAAUGAACAUGACGUUCCAMAAUUUCGUCAACARGAMRCGGCUGACGCAAGGGAUGAUUAACUUUUGCGUCAUCGUGUACAUGGACGAUAUCCUGGUCUAUUCGGAAACCUAUCACGGGCACGCGCAACAUAUUGAAUGGACAUUGGGCGCGCUGAGAGACGCUGGGUUCAAGAUUGCGCUUGAGAAGGGUGAAUUUUUCCUUUCGGAAAUUUCAUUCUUGGGCUACGUCGUGACACGUGGAGGACUGCGGCCGGACUCGAGAAAAGUUGCGGCGGUGAAGGAAGCCCCGAUUCCCACAUCACUGACGCAGGUUCGAGCCUUCUUGGGGUUGGCGUCGUACUAUCGGCGCUUCAUCAAAGGCUUUGUCGCGAUUGCACGACCGCUAACGAAUCUGUUACGGAAGGACCAGCCUCUCAAUUGGGACGCGGAGUGCCAGCAAGCCUUUGCAACCCUCAAAGACGCUCUGGCAACAGCCCCUAUUCUGAUUCGACCGGACCCCUCGAAGCAAUACAUUCUCAUCACGGACUGGCAGCCGGAAGCUAUUUCCGCUAUUUUAGCGCAGAAGGGGAACGAUGGUCGUGAACACAUCAUCGAGUACGCGUCACGAGCCGUGCCGGACAAACGAAGGAACGACUUCGCACCUCAAGGCGAAUGCUAUGCAGUGGUCUGGGGAAUCCAGCACUUCCAUCCAUAUCUCUACGGACAGAAGUUUCGUCUCGUAACGGAUCACGAGCCUCUGCUAGCUUUGAAAAAGCUCACCAACUACACGGGCAUGAUUGGCCGUUGGGCGGUGCGACUACAAGAAUACGGCUUCGAUAUCGUCCAUCGAAAGACAGAGCGACACGGCAACGCGGACGGGCUGACACGUCUGCAUCGACCUGCCAAGGUACCCAAGGGCGAGGAAAUUACACCGUGGAAGGAGCCGGACCUGACCAACGAGCCUAAGAAGGUGGAGGAGGGCGGUCUCACCUUGAUCACGGACGAGUUGCUGGUGUUUUUGACUCAGUUGGCGGACGAUCUGCCCCUGGAUAUCUUAUCACACAGUGACAAGCAGCCUGGCACCCACGUGCUGUCUCGAACGCUCGAGCCGCACUGUGUGUGGUCCACGUGCACAGAAAUCGACGAGGACAAUUGCCUCUAUCUCUACCAUGCGCUCUACUUGGAGAUCGACGUUACCGAUCUCACGUUUUGGGACCCGAUUGCGAGACAAAACAUGGCACAGGACGAAGAGAUAACGAGAGCAGAUGAAGAAGAGGAAGAAGAGGAACCAUCAAGUGAGGAAAGGGACGAUCCGGACUACGUACCGGAUAGAGAGGCAGGGAUAGCCGACGAAUCAAACCAGCCGCAGGCGUAGGACGAGGGGGUGGAACCAGAAGAAGAAGAAGGAAGCGGGCUAUCAGGAUCAGAGUGCGAAGGAUUCGAGGCUGAAGUGCGCGACGCGGCACGAAAACGAGCGCGAGAGCGGAGGAAACGGAAGCGCCAGGAAACAGCGAAGGGAAAGCGACCCGCAAUAGACGUGUCCUCUGUCGAUCCGUCGAUCGGAGACCCGUGGCGUGAUCCGGAGCCGCAAGAAGAG